UUCCGCAAACUUUAGUUUUUUUGUUUUUUUCCCCCCGUCUCCUUCCAGUUACUCUGCCUUGGCUGGAUUUUUUCUCAAAGCGCUCUAGCACACAAAAAAGAGAUAUAUACACAUAUUUCCUUUCUAAAAAUGAGCGAUAUAAACAUAAACGCGUUAAGUCCAGUGGACGACACAGCGGACGAAAAAGACUGGGCGGCGGCCAAGGCGUUUUUCGAGCAACUCAAAACAAAUAAACCGAGACCGCCUAAACCCGGCUUUGCUGUCACCAUCGCGGUGUCCUCCAGGACCCUCUUCAACAUGGUGGCCGAGAGGCUGAUCUAUGAACAGGAGGGAGUGGAGAAGUACGUAGCCUAUCAGGUGGAACACGAGAAUGAGCCUCUCAAGCCUGGAGCUGCUUUCCCAUUUGUCAAGGCACUGAUGACGGUCAACUCUCGGCUGAGGGAGCUCUACCCAGACAGCGAGGAGUUGUUCGACAUCGUCCUCAUGACGAACAACCAUGCCCAAGUGGGAGUGCGCCUCAUCAACAGCAUCAAUCACUAUGAUUUGACCAUUGAAAGAUUCUGUAUGACUGGAGGGAAAAGUCCAAUAGGCUACCUGAAAGCUUACAUGACCAAUCUGUAUCUCUCUAAGGAUGCUGAAAAGGUUACAGAGGCCAUUAAUGAAGGCAUUGCCGCAGCCACGAUGUUCAUGCCCGAGAAGGAGAACGAGCUGUGCGACAAUGAGCUGAGAGUGGCUUUCGAUGGCGACGCUGUCCUCUUUUCAGACGAGUCAGAGAUCAUCGUUAAGCAAAGCGGCCUGGACAGCUUUUUUGAGCACGAGAAGAAGUUUGAGAACAAACCACUUGCUCAGGGCCCCUUGAAGGGCUUCCUGGAGGCUUUGGGGAAGCUCCAGAGGCAAUUCUACGGAAAGAAUGAACGUUUGAAUUGUCCCAUAAGAACCUUCCUGGUCACGGCCCGUAGCGCCGCCAGCUCGGGUGCUCGAGUGCUGAAGACUCUCCGCAGUUGGGGUCUGGAAAUCGACGAGGCUCUCUUCCUGGCCGGAGCUCCAAAAGGGCCCCUCCUGCAGAAGAUAAAACCGCACAUCUACUUCGACGACCAGAUGUUCCACAUCGAGGGGGCCAAAGAACUGGGCACCAUCUCCGCUCACGUCCCCUACGGCAUCGGACAGAAGUACCGCAAGGGCAAACUCAUCGAGCAGCCGAAAAAGGAGUGAACUGCUUAUGGACUUAAGAUAAAACUUAAGUUAAAACAAAAAGGGUGAAAUGUUGAAUUUGUAUGACACUGUUUUCUUUAUCUAAAACCACCUUGUGAUUAUUUUUUCCAUUUUGCUGGAUACUUUUGCUAAGGAAUAUCCAUCCAUCCAUCCAUUUUCUGAGCCGCUUCUCCUCACUAGGGUCGCGGGCGUGCUGGAGCCUAUUCCAGCUAUCAUCGGGCAGGAGGCGGGGUACACCCUGAACUGGUUGCCAGCCAAUUGCAGGGCACAUACAACCAUUCGCACUCACAUUCACACCUACGGGCAAUUUAGAGUCUCCAAUUCAUGCAUGUUUUUGGGAUGUGGGAGGAAACCGGAGUGCCCGGAGAAAACCCACGCAGGAACGGGGAGAACAUGCAAACUCCACAGAGGCGGGGUCGGGAUUGAACCCGGGUCCUCAGAACUGUGAGGCUGACGCUAUAACCAGUCGUCCACCGUGCCGCCUGCUAAGAAAUAGGGCUUUUGUAUUUUGUAGUUUUUAAAGUACAUUAUUGUAUAUUUUAAAGGUAAAAGCUUCACCAGCCAGCACACACUGUUUCACUCAAUUUUCUACUGUGUCAUACUGAAAAUGUCAUCUUAUUUUUGUUGCUUUAUUCAUCUUGAAUGGAGGUGCACAAUGGUAAAGCAUUUUUUGAAACAACUCAGUAAAUACCCAUACCGAUG